GGACUCGUUGCUCCCGGCGGGCACCGGCCCGGGCUGGGGCACGCGACGCUGGCGGCUCCCGGUCCCCGACCCGGAGCCGGGAGCCCGCGGGCCGGGCGGGGGCCGGGCAGGGGCCGGGCGCCAGCGCGUAGCCCGGGCCUCAGCUCCCGGACGGCGGAGCCGGGCAGCGCCUCAGGGAACUGAUGGGAUCGCAGCCUCCAGGACAAGGCCCCCAGAGACCGGCCUCAGGACUCAGCUGCAGAUCAGCGAUCGGCGCUGAAGGUGGAAGAUGGGGCAGUUUCACUUUUGUUCUAGGUGACUCUGACACCUGGUAACCAUGAAGUCCUAAAGGAGGCAGAGGCACAGUAGUGGGAUUUUCUCGCCUUCAAAAAACCCAAACAACCAAUUGCCUAAUGGGACUGCCUCUCCUGUUGGCAUCAUGGGGAGCUGCUGCAGUUGUCUGUGCAGAGACAGCAUCCCAGACAACCACCCCACCAAAUUUAAGGUAACAAACGUGGACGAUGAAGGAAACGAGCUGGGAUCUGGGGUUAUGGAGCUGACGCAGACGGAGCUCAUCUUGCACACUCACAAGCGAGAUGCAGUCAGGUGGCCCUACCUCUGCUUGCGCCGCUACGGCUACGACUCCAACCUCUUCUCCUUUGAGAGCGGCCGCCGCUGCCACACGGGGCAGGGGAUUUUUGCCUUCAAGUGUUCCAGAGCAGAAGAGAUCUUCAAUCUGCUCCAGGACCUGAUGCAGUGUAACAGCAUCAAUGUUGUGGAAGAGCCUGUUGUCAUCACCAGGAACAGUCACCCCACAGAGCGGGAGCACUCCCGGAACCCCCAGGCCCCCACCAGUCUGGGGUACACCAUCCCAGGAUUCCCCAAUGGAUUUCACAGCUUCUCUGGAGAAGCCCUGUCAUACUCGGCAGCCCGCCACCCCUCCGUGAGCAGCCUGAGGCAUUCCUCUGUGGGUGAAGACUCUACUCAUGCCCUCAUUGGGCCUGACGAUCAGUCCCACACCUACGUGAACACAGCCAAUGGUGAUCAGGAGCUGAGGGGCCAACAUUGUGUGCACUCCUUGCCUGAAGUCCACCCUCCUUUCCCCCAUAGGAAACACAGCUGCUCCCUCGAAGACCGCAAUCCCCAGGUCUUCCUGCAGCCAGGGGAGGUGAAGUUUGUGUUAGGUCCAGCACCCAACUACAGGCGUAUCUGUCGGCACCACCGGGAGUGCAGGACACACUUCUGUGCUCCCAACAACAACAACGAGCGCGAGGAUGAGUGCCCUUCGCCCCAGUGCGUCUACGAGAAUGUCAACGGCUUGCUGCCCCCCGGCAGCUCGUCCCUCUGCCGAGGCGGGCAUGUGAAAGUCCCCCAGGAGGACAAGGGCUCGUCCAGCUGCUCCCAUCGGAGAGCAGCUUUACUGCACUAUGAGAACUUGCCGUCUCUGCCUCCGGUGUGGGAAUGCCAGCCGCUCUGGCGGGGCGAGGAGGACACUGGGGAGGCGCUGAUGCCUUCUCCCAAUGGCUAUCCCGAGGCUGGAGAAGAGGAUCCCCUGCAGAACUACAUGAACUCGGAGAGCACCGUGCUGCACAGGGGCAGCAGCUUGCGGCGCAACACCUACCUGCCCAAGCCCCAGCGCGGCUGCAUGCCCAGUGUCUUCAGCUUCGACUUCCCCCGGCCCCGGCUGGAGCAGCCGCGGCAGCUCAACUACAUCCAGGUGGAGCUGGAGGCUGAGCCGCACAAGGGCCAUCCAAACCCGCCAGCCCCCCGAGCCCGCCCCGUUGCCUCCCACGAAGCCCACCGGACGGACUCCUACGCGGUUAUUGACCUCAAAAAGACAGCAGCCAUGUCCAAUUUGCAGCGGUCCCGGCCGAGGGAUGAUGGGACUUCACGGAAAACUCGACAUAACAGCACCGACCUGCCUCUGUAAGGGGACCCAGUGCAAGCACUGUGUUGUGGCUUUGGUACCCGCCCUUCAGCGUGUUGCCCGGUGUGACUUCCAUCCACCAUUGCCUUCUGCUUCCCCGUUUGCCCCAUUACCUGGUGUUAUGGGAUGGCACCUACGGCUGGUGUUCAUGCUGCUCUGUCUGUCUUGCUCUCUCCGCCUCCCAUGCAGUUUGUUUUGCCUUAUGGGAUAUUUAAAGAUGCCAUCUAGAGGUUAUGUUAUCUUUCCGGCAAGAGGGGCAGAGGGUGCCCGCGGUAGCGCUGGCACUGCGUGGAUACCACCUCCAACAGGGUUAACCCUCCUGGAUUCCUGCUGCUCUGUGAGCGGUGCCAGCAGCCUGGGAUCUUCUCUGGGGAGACCUGACUGCAUCUCCCUGCCCCAGAGUUAGUUUUUGCCUUGUGAUUUCUCUGGUCCCUCACCACGUGGGAGCUCAUGCUGCAGUCUUUCCCUCCUCAACUUGCUCCUUUCUCCUUCUGCACUAUUUUCUUGAAGCUUGUAGAAGCUUCCAAUACUUCUGUCCCUUUCUCAGAUUUGAUUUAAAUUUGGCAGCUCUAGAAGCCAAUAUAAGAGGACAGGCAGCCAUGGACGCAAACACUGUGAUCACGGAAACCUCAUUUCCUGAAGAUACGUUGCUUAGAAAGAGGAGGGGCAGACUGCAAGUAUGAGGGGUUGUAGUUUGGGUAUAGAAACCUUCUAAACCUUCUAUUCUACUGUACCCUGUUUAGAUUUCUGGGAGGGGGCUUUUCAGAAGCGCUGAUUUGUUUACUCAUUUAUUUAUUAAAUGUUCUUUUUGCAUCCUGGUGAUGAUUGCCAGAAGUGGCACGUGCCCUCUGUCUGGGCUGUCUGAGCAGAGCUGCUGGCCUUGUUGAGCUGCUGUUGGGGAGACGAGCAGCUGUGAUUCAAUGCUUUUUAACUGGGAUUCGCUGUUGCAGAGCUGGUGGGUGGGUGGGAGGUGGCCAGGCUUGGAGCGCUAUCAAAGUGGUUGCCUGCACCCACAUUCCAGGCCGGCUCCGUGAGAAAUAUUUGAUCCUGUUUAGAGUGAAUGUGUCAUUUGUUUCCUACAGCUACAGACUUGGGAAGGGCUAAAUUUCCGUAAAUUUGUGGCCUUUGAUGUGGAGUUUUCUGUUGACGCUGGAGCUGAGCUGAAGCUGAGCUGUCAGGCCUCCACGUGAGGUCCUGUGUCGGGUCUCUGCUGCUGUGGGGCAUGCCACCACCUCUCUCUGUGUGGUGACAUGCUGCACGUUAACCCCUUUCCGUGUUACUCUUUGCCACUGUGCGCUGUUUCUAUGAGACAGAAGUGCUCUGGAGUCCCACUCUUCUGCUCUCUGUGUUCUUCAUCUCUCUCCCUGGGAGGUGAGCGGAGAGACCCAGCGCCCGUCAGGUUGUCCUGCUGCCCACGCUGCCCAUCUUUGCCUCGUCCUCCUUGUUCCAGCGUUGGAAGUUGGUGAGCAGCUGCUGUGAAAGAGGAGAGAACCUGCUCGCCUGGUCGUCACCUGCUUCUGGGGUGCACAAACCCCAUUUCCAUAUUUUUGACGUUUUUCUUAGCGGUGCCCUAAGGUUGUACUGAAAGGUGACACUGUUGGGAGCAAGGGCUGUGCCAUGCACUGAGAAAAGCAAUAGAAGUGUGUGCAGUGCCAUGCCUGCGUCUGCAGAGCACGGGUUCCUUGACUUGCUGUUUCUUGCACUACGAAUCCAAAGUCCCCCACAUGCUUAAAUUCAGCAACUUUUCGGUUUUUUAAGAAGUUCUUGUUGUCUGUUCUUUUCUCUGUCCCAACCCUUACGUGAUUUGUAACUGAAAGGAAACCCAAGGGAAUAUGUUUUUAUAUUAUGGCAAAUGACUUUCUUUGAAGGAAAAUGGGCAUCCCCCUGAAAUCUCUCUCAAACUUUCAUCUGGAGAAGCAAGAGAAGAAAUUGUUUAUAUAUAUAAUAAAAAAAAAAGUGAACUGCAUAAAGUUUUAACAAAACUAUUUAAGUGUAGAGUUCUUGCUCUGUAAGUUCACCCUCUAGGGUGGCUCCAGCAGCACCAGAAGGAUCCGGGUUCCAGUAGGAACCUGCCUUUCCAGCAUCACAGCCUGGUGAGAAAUCCUAUGCAAAGUGCUCCUACCAGACAAAUGAAAAAGGAUGGAACAUUUUACACUUCCAUGGAGCAAGAUGACAGGGCCAGGGCUGCGGGUUGGGUACAACGAGGGACACGUGUGCUCCGAGCUAUGGCUCACAUCUACCCCGUGCCUCCCUUUCCUCCCCCAUCAAAUCUGGAGCUCCCUGAAUGUCACAGGGAUAUCAAAAGCAGGAGAGGCAAGGAGAGCACGCGCAGCAAGGGCUGCGUUGCUGCAUCCCUCAUCCCCUUCAUUGCUAUGCCUGUUCAAAGAAGGAGAUAAAGAACACCCUUGUCCCACUUCUGAGGAAGAGCUGAUGUUGGCUGCUUGGGUCUGCAGGCAGCGGGUUCACGCGCACGUGAUUUUCUUUUUUUUUUUUUUUGCUUUUGUGAGAACUUCACGACGUCCUCUUUAAAUAACCGGGACUCUCGUAACUUCUUAACCCUCUGUUUUGUAGUUGUUGUGAAAGUGCGAGAACAGACCCGAGUUGUUUGAACGCUGAGGCAGUAGUUCCAGGAAUGUCAUUGCUCGGGUUUUCUCCCCAACAUUUGCACCGGCUCUCCAGUGUCACAGCUUCCUCUAGUGGUCAGAGCUGUAGCAGCUGCAGGAAGAGAAACUGGUGGGAGGUUGAGGUGUGGGUUCGUUCUGUCUCUUUCCUUCAGUCCUUGGAUGUGGGUGGUGGGCAGCAGAGAGCCCUCCGGCUGCCCCUGCAGGCUCCUUCCAUCUCACUCGUUUCCUUUCGUUGAAAAUCACUGUUAUGAAAUGUGUUGUACCUGUAUGGCACUUUGCAAAGGUGGAUCUUGCAGAUCUUGCUUCGAGCCUCCGGACUUGGUUGGUAGGAAUAGAGGUUCUCACGGCUCUCAGCUGUCUUUUAUCGUGGGAGGGUUUUUCAUUUUGUCUUUUUUUUUUUUUUAAUUCUAACCUGUUUAACGUGCCUGCUUUUCCCCCUAGGGAAAGAGCUUGGUUGUUUGUGAGCUUUUUUUUGCCUUACAGAAAGAGAGUGGCAAAGGAGAGGCUGAGGAUUAAAAGAUCAAUAUUUCUGUGAAGAGAUUUGAAUGUCUCAGACAUUACCAAAGCAAUAAGUGUUCUUUUUGUUACCCAAGCCAUGCUCAUCACUGGGAGGAAACCCAAGCCCAGCUUCAGCUUCUGCUGUCCGUGUUUCUGGGUGCAUCCCUCCAAGCCCCAGAGCCCCGUACCAGCAGCUCUGGUUCUGCUCCAUGCCUGUGGGCACUACAUGUCCUUUCCCCAUGCCGCAGUUUCACUGUGGCAAGAUAUGGGAAACGGCACCAAGCCAUUGGUGUGAUGCUUUGGAGAUAAGAGUGAGAGCUCUUUGUCAGGACUCAGUUCUACAUCUGUUUGUUCUCAGCUGUUUUCUCCUAAAGUCAUUCUUCUGUCCCUCCGUGUUAUGCUGCUUAGCCCUUCUUGGGUCGUAUCUUGACUGUGAAGUGUCAUUAAUGAGUGGGUGUUAAUGAAUGCAUUGCUUCAUAUAGAAUCAUAGAAUGCCUUGGGUUGGAAGGGACCCUAAGGAUCAUCAAGUUCCAUCCCCGUAGCACAAACUCAGCUCUGGGGGGCUGAAGUUUGACUUACCCCGCAGCGUGGCUCCUCCCAAAGUGCUGUGCCCAGGCAGCAGAACAGGUUCAGGUUCCUGUUCCCAAACGGGACCAAAGGUGAAUGCAUUAGGGGAAAUCCAGAGAGCUUUGAAGUUGGCAGUUACAGGCCAGGGUGCAGAAAAAAGCUAAUUCUAAAGAAGGGAACUCAUUUGUAUUUCUUCCAUCAGUGAAUGUGAUUUUGAAGUCGAAAGGCCCAGACACAUCUGUGUUCUCUGGAGCUGUCCUCCCCUGUGCUUCCCCUCCUUGUGGCUCAUCCUGGUGUCUCUGACCAUUUCUGACGUGGCAGAAAAAUGACAGUGCUUCGGGGCUCCGGCCGCUGGGGAUGGGGCUGCUCUGCCAAGAGGGCCGAUCUCGCUGCGAUCUUGCUUCUUCAGGUUAUCUCCAUGGGUAUCAUUCAGUCUCAGUAUUUCAUCCAGGUGUAACCUCGCAGGCGAAGAACAAUAGUGCUAUGUGACCUGAGGAGUGCUCAUGUCUUACAUUAACGUGCACUAUGAAUGUAUACUGAAUAAAUGGAAUAUGGUGAUGA